UAUCUUAUAUAGAAGCAUAAACACACCAAACUUGAUCAUUGUCAUAAAAAACAGUCCUAAUUGUCAUCAAUCAAAAACAGUCCUAACAUGGCUACCAAUGGCGAAAUUUUCAAUACCUAUGGUCAUAAUCAUCAAUCAGCCACAGUCACUAAAAUCACUGCUUCUAAUGAAAGCAGCAAUGGUGUCUGUUAUCUUUCAGAAACGGCUAACUUGGGGAAGUUAAUAUGCAUUCCAAUGGCACUAAGAGCUGCGAUGGAGCUAAAUGUGUUCCAACUUAUCUCAAAGUUCGGAACUGACGCAAAAGUUUCGGCUUCUGAAAUUGCCUCUAAAAUGCCAAACGCGAAGAAUAAUCCUGAAGCAGCUAUGUAUUUGGAUAGAAUUCUUCGACUGCUCGGGGCAAGUUCUAUUCUUUCUGUUUCUACUACAAAAAAAUCAAUCAACAGAGGAGGAGAUGAUGUAGUAGUACAUGAGAAGCUUUAUGGGUUAACAAAUUCGUCGUGUUGUUUGGUCCCUCGACAAGAAGACGGGGUGUCAUUAGUCGAAGAAUUGCUAUUCACAUCUGACAAGGUUGUUGUGGAUAGUUUUUUCAAACUGAAAUGUGUGGUGGAAGAAAAAGACAGUGUGCCAUUUGAGGUUGCUCAUGGUGCUAAAAUCUUUGAGUAUGCUGCUACAGAACCAAGAAUGAAUCAAGUAUUUAACGAUGGAAUGGCAGUUUUCUCUAUUGUUGUUUUUGAGGCUGUUUUUAGAGUUUACGAUGGAUUUCUUGAUAUGAAAGAAUUGUUAGAUGUUGGUGGUGGUAUUGGUACUUCGGUUAGUAAGAUUGUUGCUAAAUACCCUUUGAUUCGCGGUGUCAACUUCGACUUGCCUCAUGUUAUUUCUGUUGCCCCUCAAUACCCAGGUGUAGAGCAUGUUGCAGGAGAUAUGUUCGAGGAAGUCCCAAAGGGUCAAAACAUGUUGCUAAAAUGGGUACUGCACGAUUGGGGUGAUGAACGAUGUGUGAAGCUGUUAAAGAAUUGUUGGAACUCAUUACCUGUGGGUGGAAAAGUUUUGAUAAUCGAGUUUGUUCUCCCGAAUGAACUUGGUAACAAUGCUGAAUCAUUCAAUGCGUUGAUUCCCGAUUUACUCCUGAUGGCUCUGAAUCCAGGCGGUAAAGAGCGAACGAUUUCCGAAUACGAUGAUUUAGGCAAAGCAGCUGGAUUCAUAAAAACUAUACCUAUCCCUAUCUCCAAUGGUCUUCAUGUCAUUGAGUUUCACAAAUGAAUGGUUAUUGAGUGCUUUGGUAAUUAAACUACCAAGAUAACUACAUCCAUUUCAUGCAUUUGCUUUUUUUUUUUCUUUUUUUUCUUUUUUUUUCUUUUUGUUUUGUAUUCCAGGUGUGAACUAGUUAGUGUGUUGAGUGGACAAAAGUAAGUAAUCGUAUUUUGUGUUUCUUAACGAGACUA